AUGGCUCUUCGCGGCAUGGCGAGGAACAAGAUGAUGCACAAGAUCAUCUGCUGCCUCGCUUUGUCUGCGCUUGGCCUUAUCCUUCUAUCCCGAAGCUUAUCUUCUGCAAGCUCUAAGACUUCGUUAGCAAGCAAGUGCAAACCUGUCUUUGGGUCUUGGAGAGAUUGGGACGCGGAGAGCCCUGAAUGUCUGCAUGGAUACUUGAACGAGCAGACUCCGCCGACAAAGGAGUGCAUGCAAGAUCCUCUCAUGUGUGCGGCGAAAGCAUUGGAGGAAAACUCGAGGGCUGAGGACGAGGGAGGGGCCAAGUCAACUGCGAUCUACAAUGGCCCGGGACCAGCAAGUCUCAAUGCGUAUCCAGCCCGAGGCCCCGACGUCUGGCCGAGCUCUGUUUCUGGUCCUGCCCAGGGAGAGCUUGGUAGGUAUCCCAUCGCCUUCAACGGUGAGCCCAGCUUCAUUCCAGCAAACUACAGAUCCAAGACCCCUGGGAGACUCCAAGAGUUGUCGCAGUACUACCUCGGGGAUCAGGGAGCCUUGUCAUCCCAGGAGGCUUCCAAGGAUUUCGACUCGUUCUUUGAUUCCCUGGGCAGCAGCGGAGCUGAGAACAAGCUAUCACGCAGGCAGUCAACCAUGCCUAUGAAACAUGAAGUGAAGCGUCCUCAUGGUGCCGUCUCGAUCACGAAGUCCUUACACCGCCACGCGGCACACAGAGCUGUCCAAGUGGCCCACGCCGAGCAGGUUCAUCAGGAAGAAGCACAACAGGCGCAGGAAGUGGAGCAUGAUGAAUCGAAGCAGCUGGUCACGAGGCCUGACAGUCAGUCUCAGCUGCCUCGGGCACAACCUGAGGCACAAAGCAUACCAGUCAAGUGGACCAGGCACUACGACCCAGUCAGCAUGCGAUAUUAUUAUGUUGGCGACAAUGGAGCGAAAAGAUGGGAUGAAGUGAAGAAGCCGUACUUUCCAAACUUCUCUGUGUUGAAGGCGAAGAAUGCUCUGGCGAAGGAGAGGCAGCUCAAGAUGUUAAAACAAGCAUCGAAACAGAAGGCUGGCACUGCGAAUCAAUCGGCACAGCAGAAGCAGAAGUCUUUGAGAGAAGCUAUACCAGGAAUGGACUCCACCUUGAGCCAGGCCCUGCUGGACUGCAACACGCCAAACUGCAAGCAGAUUGAGGGGAAGAUACUCAAGAGGGUGAGCAAGAGCAUUCGGCCACAGAAGCUUGCUAGCUCAAGCAUGGAGGUCGAAUGGGGGGGUCCAGCCUCAACUCGGACGAUUGACAAAGGUCCUGGCGACAAUGAAGCUGGGUGGGGAGGGCCCGCCUCGGUUCAGACCAUGGACGCCGGGCCAGGCGACAACGAAGCAGGAUGGGGUGGCCCUGUAUCUGUACAGACUGUGGAAGCGGGUCCGGGAGACAACGAAGCUGGCUGGGGUGGACCAGCGUCAGUGCAGACGGUAGAUGCCGGCCCAGGAGAUAACGAAGCGGGCUGGGGAGGACCGGCGUCGAAGGACACUAAGAUGCCAUUGGACAGCAUGAGCAGUGGACCGAUCACCCUCCAGACUUCUCAGCCCUCCUCUCACCUGAGUUCGAGCGGGCCUAUCACGAAGCAAACUUCCCAGCCGCUUCAGAGCAUGGGAUCGAGUGGCCCCAUGACGAAUGAGCAGAUGAAGGCUGCAGGGAGGAAGCGCGACGGAGGGAGAGUGGUCGGGCAACUCAACGAUUUCCUUACCAUGGAGAAGCACCUGAGGCAGGAGGGCUAUCACUUCGCUCCUCAGCCUUCCCAGCAAGCGCUACAUCCUGUGAUGGACAGAGAGAAGAUAAUCUUCGGCAAGGAUCCCAACCUGCCGACCAUUGAGAGGCCAGUCAAGACCCUCGCGGCUCGCGCUAGCCAGUACAAGGAAGCAGCAGACUCGCUGGAGUUCUUCGGCAAACACUAG